AUCUAUCUACCUUUCCCCCCUCCCCACCCCUCCGCCGCCCUCCUGGAUUCCCAGCCCACCGCCGGCCGGCCUUCCUGGGUGCUCGGUCUCGCCUGCGCCAUGGACGACGCCGGGGAGCCGCGCCUGCCCAGGAAGAGGGGCACCAAGAGGCCCCCUCCCUCGGCGGCGCCGCCGCCGCCCGCCCAGGGCGGCGGCAGGGGGAGGGACAGGUUCGAGUCGCUCUGGCGGGACUACCACGAUUUGCUCAAGGAAACUGAGGCAAAGAAGAGGAGGCUAGAGCGCAUAAACCAGCAAAAGCUUGGACUGCUCGCCGAAGUCAAAUUCUUGCGGAAGAAGUACAGUUCGUUUGCGAAGGAUGAUCCAGAGCAAACACAUCACAGGCUAAAGAAGAAGAAGGCUAAGCAAAUCCCAUCCAUUCUGGGAAUCAAUGAAGGGCCAUCCACCAGCAAGAACACAAAUGUGGACUUGAAUCAUGAUUCUGCAAUGAAUGCUGAGGAAGCCGGUUUCCAGGACCAUCCAGAACCUGGGAAGCAUGAUCAGGCUGGUGUAGAUGAAGAUAUAAUGGCCUCCAAUAUCAACUUAUCAGUUUAUAGGGAUACAGAAAAUUCCCCAGCCAGUGAUGAUAAGAGGGCAGCCGCAUGGCAAGACCGGGUAGCCUUGCAGGUCUAGUCCGGCCGUAGAAAUGGGUAUGGCAUGGCAUCCUUCUCUGGUGGUUGACUGCACCCCUGCCUGGUUUCGUCAAAUAUUUGCCUAGUACUCUGUAAAUGAACAAUUGAUAUAAGGAUACUCAUGCUUCAUGUUUACAGUUCAUGCCCUGUAGAGGCAUAGACUGAGAUAGUUUGACACACUUAGACAAGUUCGAUCCUGUUACAAUGUUAUGAAACAUCCAGCCUGGAUUUCAGAGUCA